AGAGAUUAUAUUGUCCUAAAAAUUCGAUUGUAGCACAUUAGAUUUGACGCUUUCUGAUCAGAUACACUGACAUAUUUUGUGCGGUGAAGACAUGUGGUGUUAACUGACACUGAUUGUUUUAAAGCAUGGUGUCAUCACGCCUGUGCUGUUUCACACAAAUUGGUAACACAACAGAAGCAUGCAGAGAGUCGGCUUGGUACUAAGAGGAUGUCACACAUAAUAUUCUUGCAAUGCUAUCAUAAUAAAAAUUUUAAAAAGGGUUUGGUACAUUUCUACUAUGGAUUCAUGUCUAUAUUUAUUAUCUCUUUUCUUUCAUCUGUCUCUUGCAGGCUAGCCCUCUAUGUUUAUGAAUAUCUGCUACAUGUUGGAGCUCAAAAAUCAGCACAGACUUUCCUCUCAGAGAUCCGUUGGGAGAAGAACAUCACGCUGGGAGAGCCACCUGGGUUCCUUCACUCCUGGUGGUGUGUUUUCUGGGAUCUCUACUGUGCAGCUCCAGAAAGGAGAGAAACGUGUGAACAUUCAAGUGAGGCCAAAGCUUUCCAUGACUAUGUGAGUGACUUGCUUAUGAGUGCAGCAGCCAUACCCAGCCCUGCAAGUGGGAAUCUCCCUCCUGGAGAGGGAAUGCCAUUACCGCCUGGAUUCUUCCAGCAAUUCAUGUCCCCUCGUUGCCCUGGAGGCCCCAGAGCUCCUCUCAGAAUGCCCAAUCAGACAAUGGGCCCAGGCAACCAGCCACUCUUAAGUGGGAUGGAUCCUAUGAGACAGCCCGGCCAUCUUCACAUGAAUGGGCCAAUGCAGAGAAUGAUGCCUCCAAGAGGAAUGGUUCCUAUUGGACCACAGAACAUGGCAGGUGGAAUGAGGCCUCCUUUACAUUCAUUAAUGGGACCAGCAAUGCCUAGCAUGACUCCAGGAGGAGGAAGGUCUUGGAUAAAUCCUCAGAACGCCAACUCAGUGAGUGCACUAGAACCCAAACCAAAGCCACAGCCAGUAAACAUUCAUAAUAAACUAUUAUAUAAACAGUUUGUGCACACACUCUGUCUUUGUUUCUCACUGCAGAUUCCAUACUCAUCCUCGUCUCCAGGAAGUUACACAGGUCCAAUGGGAAGUGGAGGAGGCGCUCCAGGAACACCGAUCAUGCCCAGUCCUGCAGAGUCAACCAGUUCAGGAGACAACAUGUACAGUGUGAUGAAUUCAAUCCCUCCCAAUGGAAACAGGCCGAAUUUUCCUGUUGGUCCUUGUGGUGAUGGUGCAAUGGGAGGAGUUGCAGGAAUAGAAGCUCAUCCUCUGAACGGCUCAUUAGCAUCAGGUGACAUUGACAGCCUCCCAAAAAGCUCCCCUGGGAACCUGAGUAUGAACACCCAGCCCAGUACACCAAGAGGUGAUGGAGAAAUGGCAAGCAGCUUCCUCAACCCCUUUCAGAACGAGAGUUACUCUCCCAACAUGACGAUGAGCGUGUGAGACUGAAUACAGUGAAGCAAUGAAGAAACAAACGCACUUGGAUUCUCAUCGCGGAUGUUCCUCAUGGAAGUGCUGGAGUGUAACAUGCAAACAUUUCCCUGGUCGAGCACAGCCA